GCGCAGUUGUGACGCAAGCACCCAGCGACCCCUCGGCAGCUGCUGGACUCGUGGUGCUAUGGCUUCCUCUGGGGUGGCGGGUGGGAGACAGGCCGAAGAUACGCUACAGCCACCGCCCGAGCUGCUGCCGGAGUCCAAGCCGCCGCCACCGCCUCAGCCUCUGCCGGUCGCCGCGCUCCCGCCGGCGGCGGCUCCGCGGCCUCAGUCCCCCGCUGGCGCGAAGGAGGAGAAUUACUCCUUUUUGCCGUUGGUUCACAAUGUCAUCAAAUGCAUGGACAAGGACAGCCCGGAUCUCCACCAGGACCUGAACGCCCUCAAAACCAAGUUCCAGGAGCUGCGGAAGCUCAUAGGCACCAUGCCCGGCAUCCACGUGAGCCCCGAGCAGCAGCAGCAGCAGCUCCACAGCCUCCGAGAGCAAGUGAGGACCAAGAACGAGCUGCUGCAGAAGUACAAGAGCCUCUGCAUGUUUGAGAUCCCCAAGGAGUAGGCCAACCCCCAGGAGAGCCGCCACCAGACUGAAAGCUCCAGCUCCUUGGGAGCCCGGCUCAAAUCUUUGAGGCCACAUGCGGCUGGUGUGGGGCCUCAGUGCUAUCUCAGCCCUGACCAUGUCCCAGCAGAUCUACAGGGCACAGAGGGAGAGGAAAUAGCUGUUCCCUUCUUUCCCUCAGCUCCUCCCACUCCCGAUAGCAUCAGCAUGGUAUCAGGUACAUACUGUUCCCAUUAACAGCAGUUUCAUGAAACAUUUGCAUAGAAUUCAUGGGGUAAAUUAGGCCUGCACUCAGAUGGCAUGGAUUUAUUAUAAUUAAAGCAAGCUGUGAGAGUA